AUGGCAGCUUCACCGCUGUUACACUCCCUCCCAGUCGGUUACCGUUUUCGGCCGUCGGAAGAAGAACUCGUUUUCUCUUACCUCCUAAACCGCACAUCCGGGCAAGCUUACGCUGCGCGUCCACUCCUUCAGCUGCCCGAGGUUAACGUUUUGCGGUGCGACCCGAGCAGCCUGCCUUCCGACGCGUGCUUCGACGGCGAAUGGUUCUUCUUCUACCGCCCGUCGCAGCACGGCUCGAAGAAAGAACGCUCCGUGAAAUGCGGCGAGACGGUCGUCGGGUUCUGGAAAUCCACGGGAAACGACCACGCGGUGCGCCUCGGUGGGAGUAAGAGCAGCAGCAACAACGGCCAAAAGGCCCCUUCAGACGGCGGCGUAACGGGAAUGAAGAAGAAAUUAGUGUACUACUCGAAAUCUGGACCGAGCGACCACAAGGGAUCUAAGACGGACUGGAUUAUGGACGAGUAUCGGCUAGAGGUGGAAACCGGAAGCGACCUCGCGGCGUUGGUGUUGUGCCGUGUCUUCAUCAAGGGCAACGUCGCCCCGCCAAACGCGCCGCGUAACCCGCCGUCAUUCGCGCCGGCUUCGCCGAACGUGAGCGCCGCGACGGUCUCACGACCGAUGUCGCCCGCACCGUCGCUGACGCUCGGCGCCUUCGCGGAGCAUGUGACUAUGGCGAAGGGACAAAUCGUGACGGACGAUUACGAUACUGUUAACAGUGUGAUUCAAGCGAAGAAAAUGUCUGCACCAGGCGCGGCGGCUUCUGCCGCGGCGAUGGGUGGCGGCGACGCGGAGCGGUUCGUCGAUCUUCUUCUCGCGAAAGACGAGGUUGAGAGUGGCACGACCGGUGGUGAUAAUCACGGAUGUGCUGAUGACGAGGAGCGCUUGCUGCUAAACACGAUGAUGGACGCGAUUAUAAUCGACGACGGGGAUCGGUCCGACAAAUCUGGAAGCGACGACGUGACUGCAUCGGUGCAGCUUGUAUCGGAGGCUUUCGUCGACUCUUCGGUGGAGGAUUCGGGAAGGUUCGUCUCGGGGAACGGCGCGGGCGCGAUGGAUGCGGAGGGGAGCGGGCAAUUCGGGGGAUUCCAGUCGCAGCACGGCAGCACCACGGACCUACCUGGUGCUUGCAACGGUAACAGCAGCAUGGCGUUCGAGAAGUUAACGUCGGCGAGCUAUGAGAACAUAAGCAUGGCUGAGUCUCAGUGCGCUCCGGCAGCUGCGGGAACCUGGAAAGUUCCUCGCAGUCCUCGAAUGGUUUCCACUGACACUGUCGGCCCAAAUGCUGGCGUAAAUACUGGCGUAAAUGGCGGCGCAACUGGCGGCGCCAUUGGCGGCGCGGCCGCUGCUGCUGUCGCCACGCCAUCACUCGCCUCGGGAUUCUCGGCGGCGGAUCUGGAGCAGCCUAUGUAUCUGCAAGGGGAUGAUGACGUCACCAUCAAGGGAUUCACACCUAAGGCGUUCACGCCCAUGGGAUUUACGCCCAAGGGAGCUACGCCGAAGGGUGGCUCUGGUUACCCGUUUGCGACACCUAAAGCAUUUUCGCCGGGUGUGGGACUGUGGCGCGCCACCACCGGAAUGUGCACCUCUGCACCCCUCUCCACCUCUCUGAUAGCCCGCGUUGCUGCGUACCCGUCCAACACAGGCAUCUGCGGUGGGGUGGGGGGGAAGUGGGGGCAGGUGGGUGGUGGCAGGUUGGCGGCAGGUGGUUAUGGGUGUGAUGCCCAGGAGCACAUACCUAGAAAGGUGGAUGAGGAAGGUGCAGAGGGGGUGUGA